AUGGUCAGUAACAGCAGCGAGAUAAGCAGUCAGGCGCUUCCUCGCUGCCUCUCAGUGGCCCUGGGACUGAGCGAGGGGAGGGGAGAAGAGCCCAGCCUUGGAGAGCUGCCAUCCAAAUUGACCAUUCCCCAGCUGCAGUGCAGCUCGCCUCGCCGCCGCCGCACCCUCAGCCAGAUCUACCAGUACGUGGCCGAAAACUUCCCCUUCUACAGGAGGAGCAAGGCGGGCUGGCAGAACUCCAUCCGACACAACCUCUCCCUCAACGACUGCUUCAAGAAGGUCCCGCGGGACGAGGACGACCCGGGCAAAGGCAGCUACUGGACCCUCGACCCCAACUGCGAGAAAAUGUUCGAUAACGGCAGUUUUAGGAGGAGGAGGAAGAGACGGGCCGAGGCCGGCGCGCCCGAGCGGCCCGGCGGGAGCGGCCCCGGCUCCUGCCCCGCGGCUGCCCCCUUCCCCGGGGCCCAGGCCUGA